AUGACAUUGCAAAGUGAUUUCAAGUUUGACCACGAUCUGGAAAUGGAGAUUAUGUUUGCUGAUCCGACCAAAUUGAUGGUCGCAUACGAAGAAGGAAGCAUGGGUGGGAAGAAUAUUUUACAGGCGAAAGAGUCCCUUCUUCUGUUCCUCAAGUCGUUGCCCACGAAUUGUCGUUUUCAGAUAGUCGGCUUCGGAAGCACCUUCUCCGCACUGUUUGAUGAACCGAGAGACUACACCGAGGAGUCCAUACAAACGGCUCUGGAAUACCAAAAGCACUUGGACGCGGACAUGGGUGGCACAGAAGUUUUGGGAGCUCUCGAAAGCAUUUAUGCCAAGGAGAUCACGGGUUCUGUAAACGCUUGGGUUGAGUAUCAAAUAUUUAAUAGAGGAGGUCGUAUUGGACACAAAGCUGCUGAUUGUUUGACUUCAAUUUUAUGUAUGAGUUUUGAUGGAUUUCGCAGAAAUCAACCACCCACGCUUGAGGUCAUUUCACUUGUGCGCCACAAUGCGAAGACUACGCGACUGUUUGCAAUCGGUCUCGGCGAUGGUGUCAGCACAUCCCUUGUUACUGGCGUGGCAAGAGCCGGCGGUGGAAAGUCUGCAUUCGUGCGGAAUGAAGAACGUCUUCAGCCUGUUGUCCUGCAAAUACUGCAACUGGCCCUGCAACCCUUUGCAACUGACGUUGAAUUGACGUGGUCAAUUACCGGAGAUGCUAAAGGGGAUGUCAUGCCUGUAAUUACCAUUCCUGACCAACUCCCGAACAUAUAUUCAGGCAGUUAUGCAACUGUCGUCGGACUGAUUGAAAAUCGUGAGUGUUGUUUACCUUACGAGCAUACUUGA